AUGUUAGCCGCACGAGACCAAGAAAAUCUCUCCCACGCUCACCGCGCCGCCGCCGCGGCGAAACCUCUCAACCAAGGCAUCCGAGCGUUACAGCCCAAAACUCCUGGAAACUUGAAAACACCCUUUCGAGCUUCAAAGAAUGAUGAGAACCGACCCUUUGAAUUUAAUGGACAGAAGGGACUCCUCAAAGAUGGACCUGGCAAAUUGGACAAGGCUGCUUUUGUCACCCCAUUAGGACCUCGAAAUCGAGCUCCCUUAGGACAAAAGACCACAAAUGCAAAGUCUCGUGCCUUUCAGACCCCUGGUCCGGCACCACUUACCAACAAACCUCUCAAAACCGUUCAAAAGCACUCCUCGGCACGUCGUUCGGCUCGCUCGAAAAUCACCAUCGCCCAGGCAGAACCGACCAAGAUUGACAUCUUGACAAACCCACCUCAAGAAGACAAUGAAAUAGACUACGGAUACGCCCCUCCACCGCCUGUGGAUCUGCCAGAUCUCCCUCUAGAAGUCAUCCACGAUCCCUUGAUGGACGAAGCGGUCAGAGACUAUUGUGAUACCUACCUACAUUCCCCCAAGGAUGAGUUUGGGGUCUCACUGCGACUCAAACGGGAAGAAGAAGAGUAUCAACAGUGGCUCAAGCAGGAGGAACAGAAAUCAUUGAAAGGUCUCGACCAACCUUCCGCUCCCACGUCUGAAGAGUUGAACAAGCAAGUGAAUGAUAUGAUAGCUGCUGGACCCAAGAGGCGGAGACCUGCAUUGUCACGAGUCGACUCGAUGCAAGCCAGAAGCGCGGCUGCCGCCUUGUCAGAACCACAACCAUGCUUACCAUCAGCAGUCACAAAGUCAACAAAAGCGUCAGAGCAGAAACAGAAAGGAUAUUUGCCCAUCAAUAGAACCAAGACUCCCACUCCCACUCCUGCACCAUUGAGCAGUCGCUCAGGACAUGCGGCCAUUUCGAAGAACACGAUUGGAUUUCCUCGAGCAAAGAAAGCGCCAUCUAUCAUCCCACGCGGUCUUCCAAGCCAACGUAGUGGCUCUGCCGCCGUCUCCAAACCCAUCAAGAUCGACCAAUCCAUGAUUCAUCCCAGAGACUUUCGAGACCUUUAUGGAUCUCCACCUGAAGAGAGCGACAUGUGGUUUCGACUGAAGGAGUACGAGCUCCUAGAGGAAGACAUUGCCAAGGACGAAGCAGAAGGUCUCGCAGACGAUCUUUUCGAGGCUGAUUUCUUUCCGUUUGACAAUUCAAAAUUGGAUGAUGAGGAUUUCCAGCUGCCUAUGCCCGAGUGA